ACCCUGUAGUUUUGUGACAAGUGAAAGAGAAAGUAGAGAGGGUUGUAUUUUACAGGAGCUAGAGACACUGUUCGCGUGCGUCGACAAUAAACAGCGAGAAAAACUUCUCCAGGAAUGUCUUGAAAGUGAGAUUCUUACAACUGAAGCUGAAAGUCAAAAGAUGAAUUGGUUGGAAAAUAGUGUUCAGUUAAUCUACAAAAUGAUGCCCUCUCCAGCAGCCAAUAGGUACCAUGGCUUGGUAAACCAAGGAGCAACAUGUUACAUAAACAGUGUGCUGCAGGUGCUUUUCAUGACCAAAGACUUCAUAGAGGCUGUGGAAAGGCACACCUGUGAACAUCCUGGCACUGAAUGUAUCGAUCCUCAUCUCACAUCCUUGUUUAAUGACUUAAAAGAACAUACGGCAUAUACCUAUACAAUCACAAAGAAGCUGGGCAUCAACAAAGUGUAUGAACAGCGUGAUGCUGCUGAGUACUAUGAGAAGAUUUUAGGUCUGACCAGUCCUGACGCAUCGCAGAUCUUUCACGGACUGUUGACACACAAGACCAUAUGUUCCGCAUGUCGUACUGAGACUGACACAGAUGGGGCAUUUUGGCAUCUUUCUCUUGCAUUGGUGGAUUACAGUGAACACUGUAGUGUAGUGAAUGGCAUUGAGGAGUAUUUCAGAGCAUCAGAUUUCAGCGGAGAAAACCAGAUGUACUGUGACAAGUGUGAUGCCAAAUCUGAUGCAACUAUUAAAUGUGUAAUAAAGCAUCAUCCAGAGGUUUUGAUGCUGCUGCUGAAGAGGUUUGAGUUUGACUACCGUUACAUGACAUACGUCAAAAUCAACCGCACUGUGGAUGUACCCCACACCCUACAGAUACCAGAGAAUCAGGCAUAUGAACUUUAUGCAGUCGUGGAGCAUUUUGGAGAUCUCAGAAGUGGACAUUACACUGCAACAAUCAAGUCCCAGGAGGAUAAUAGAUGGUAUAACUUCAACGAUGCUACGGUAACAUUGCUUGAUAACCAGCCAUUCCAGCAGGAUGCCUUUAAGAAAUCCAGCAGCGCUUAUCUUCUUUUUUAUAGGAAAAAGAAAGUGGAUCCUGAUGAUAACUGUUCUCAAGAAAUCAGAGAGGUGCCUACUACUCCUGGAGGCUUCUUGCCAUCUACCUGUGAUAUCUAUGAUCAUGGUCAAGAUGCUGCAAAGAGAGAGGAAUAUGAGAAGGCAGCAGAGGCGGGUAAUAACACAACAGUAGCUGUUUCCAUCGACAGAAAUGAAGAAACAGGAAUUAAAGACUUAGUCAGUGUUCUAGAGGGGUCUAGAGAAUUGGAGGUAUCAUCUGACCUCUGUGUAGAGGAUCCGGACGUUAAUGCCAGGCCCAGUAUACCAUACAAUCAUCAGGAGUGUAAUGAGGAAAGGAAUGACUUGAGUUAUUGUCCUCAAGGUGCUCAUGCAGAAAGACCAAGAGAUGAGGGGGAAACAGUGAUGGAUGAUGAGGACAUGAGAGGAAAUGCAGAGGCUAAUGACCAGGCAGUAAAGGGAGAAACUCAACUUGAAGAGACUGUUGCUGAUCAGGAUUCUAACCUUAAACCUGUUAGUUUUGACAAACAGGGAGAUAAUGACAAGAUGGAAAUAGAUGUUAGGGUCGACAAGGAAAGACAAACUGGAGCUGAUGAAACCGGGAUGGAAUCAGGAAGCGCAAGGCUUUUGACAAAAUAUGACCUCUGCUAUGAUGAGAUUCAAGAUCAUAAACAUGCAGAAAGGAAAGGAACAUCAGAGAGACUACAGCACUCUGGUAUAGAGGAUCAGAACAAUGAUGUUAGACAGAACAGAUCAGAGUGGGUUACACGUACAACCCAAAACGAUGAUGGCGCAGCGAAAAAGCAGGAAAAGAAAGGAGAUAAUGGACAUUUCCAAAGAAGAGAGGACUCUUCUCUUAGACAACCAGAAUUGGUAGCAAGCAGCAGACAGGGGGACACUCAACCAAAAGCUAGAACUGGAUAUAAUGAAGGAGCAAUUAAAGGAAGAUGUGGUUCAAAGCAAUCAAAAACAUAUGAUGGGAUGAUAAUUGAGGAAGAAUUUAAGGAUGGUGUACAAAGAAGCUGUGAGAUUAAGAACAUAAGAAUAGAAACUUUAGCUGGGACCUCACAAGAUGGCAUGAAGAGUUGGGUAGAAUAUAAUGAUGGAAAUGGCAAAAGAAAAUCUGAUACAAAAACAGAUGCAAAGGUCACUUUGUCAGAGAGUGUUCACAAUUUAAAACUAAAUGACUCACCUGCACUAAAGCAACCAACACGCAGAAACAAAGGAAUAAAACAUGCAACGAAAAAAAGAAAAUGGAAGCAUCGCUUUUCACCUUACGAGCAAAGCACAAAGGAAAAAAAGAAAGGCACAAAAACUACUGGUUGUCUUCCUUUUUUUUUCAAAAGCCGGAGAAUUGGAGACCAGACUUCAGAGUCAGAUUAAGACAAAAUGCAUACUUUGUCCAGGAUAACACAAGUUGUUAUUUUACCAGACUGCUUGUUAUUGUGGUGAUCAACAAGUAACAUGUUUGUUUUAGUUUUUUGUUGAUGCAUAUUGAUACUUAGCAAUUGGCAUUCAGGCAAUAUGGACAGUACUGUAAUAAUUUUGUUUUUGAGUUCAGUGUGGCUCAGUCUGUUUAAAAGAUCUCCUUUGCUGGUUUUGGAUCAUGUAAAAUGCAUCACUUCCUGUUUGCCACAGGAUUGUCUCUGUGUAAAGAGCAGCUAAACUAAAAGGUUUAAUAAUGAGAGAGGGGGUUGUUUUAGAUUAAAGUGCUAAUUACAUCAGUCUGUAAUAAAAAGUAACGCAAUGGAAAUUGACAUGUAAAGGAAAAACAAGAUCAUAUUUAUGUUAAGUUGAUUUGAAAUCACUUUACAGACUGAAUGAUCCGACAUUUUUUUUGUCUAUUGUUGCUCUUCUCAAUUGAAGAAAUGUAUUGACCUAUUACAUUUAUCCUUUAUUUAUUUUUGUUAAUUUGUUAAGAAAUAUGUAAAUAGAUUGCACUGAAUAUAUAAUAUGAUUUUAGACAAAUAAAAUUCAAAUGUAAAUCUU